AUGGCUUUGUCGUUACCUUGGUUGUUGUUGGUGUUGACCGUGUGGAGUUCAGUUUGUAAUGGAUCAGAUACCAUAUCAGCAGGUGAAUCUCUGUUUCUAAACCAGACUUUAAUCUCCAAACAGGGCAGGUUUGAGUUUGGAUUGUUUGCUCCUGCUAACUCCACCAACUAUUAUGUUGGAAUAUGGUACAAAACCAUACCAAUACAAACAGUGGUAUGGGUUUUGAAUCGAAAUCACUCCAUUCAAUCCUCUUUUCGUGAUACUUGUCUGCUGCAGAUGAGUAACGGCAGCCUGACCCUUGUUGCUAAUUCCAAGGUGAUUUGGAGGUCUAUGACAUCUUUAUUUGUCACUGAGGCACUCAUUCUUGACACUGGCAACUUUGUCUUGAAAAAUGCUUCAGGCAUUCUGUGGCAGAGCUUUCACAAUCCGACGGAUACUUGGCUGCCAGGUGCGAUGGUUGGAAUCGAAUCAAAACUCACAUCAUGGAGAAACGGUGACGACCCUGCAAUCGGCGAUUACUCCUUAGGAAUGGAACCAAACGGAGGCGGUGAACUUUUCAUCAAGAAAAACGGUAGAGAAAUGAGAUGGAGGAGUGGAAUUUGGCAAGGUGUCACUUUGCCGGCAUUCUCAUCUGCUAGCAAUACUUACAAUUUCUCAUUUGUCGACGGUGCGUUUUUGACAUAUAAAGCUAAGAAUGAAUCCUGGGUGGUUAGGAUUGUAUUAAGCGAUUAUGGCGCAAUUCAUCAUUUGUUGUGGCACGAGAGGAGUCAGAGAUGGCUUAUAUUCGCUUCACAACCUACUGAUGAUGCAUGUAGUAGGUUUGCUAUAUGUGGGCCUAAUGCAGUUUGUGAUAUUAGGUUUAGUCCUAUUUGCCAAUGUUUGGAUGGGUUCGUACCACUAGUUAGGGGAGAAUGGGAUGACUUAGACUUUUCGGGUGGGUGUAGAAGAAUACAACCUUUGCAGUGUGAUGUGGACAAAAUGGAGUUUUUGAAACUAAGCAACAUUAUGUUUCCUGCAUAUGCUGAAACGCUGGAAAUUGCAAGGAAAGGCAUUUGCCAGUUGGUAUGCAGAGUCAAUUGCUCGUGCACUGCUUAUGCCAACAGUGAUGGAGGAGGAUGUUUAUUGUUUACUGGGGACUUGAUUGAUUCACAGAGGAUGCCGAAUGAUUCAGGUAUAACGCUAUAUGUCAAAAUGGGGCACGACGAUCCUCCUAUGAAAGGAAAGGGAAACAAAAUUAUAGUGGCUUUAGUCGUACCCAUUACUUGUGGUAUACUCAUAAUAUCCAGUUUGUGCAUUCUUUGGUGGAAAAAGCUUAGAAACAUAGCACACAGAAGUGCACAUAAAAAUGUAUCGCCACGUGACUUGAAGACAUACUUUCCCACGUGCAUUUCAGCCACGGGAGAAGAUCAAAGUAAUGAGCAUGAGUUGCCAAUCUUCAGUUUUGCUAGCAUAGCGUUAUCAACUAAUAACUUCUCUGGUUCAAACAAGCUAGGAGAGGGUGGUUUUGGACCUGUGUACAAGGCUGAACUAGCUAAUGAACAUUUUGUAGCGGUGAAAAAGCUUUCGCAAACGUCGGGGCAAGGACUCCAAGAGUUCAAAAACGAGGUUCAACUUAUAGCCAAACUCCAGCAUAGAAACCUUGUUGGGAUCCUCGGGUGCUGUGUCGAAAAUGAGGAGAAGAUAUUAGUCUAUGAAUACAUGCCCAACAAAAGCUUGGAUUUUUUUCUUUUUGAUCCAAGAAAGAAAGCCCGACUGAGCUGGGAAAUUCGUGUUCGUAUCAUUCAAGGCAUUGCUCAAGGCCUUCUCUAUCUUCACCAUUACUCCCGGCUGAGAAUAGUUCACAGAGCCACUGACACCAUAAGGGCUAAUGAAUCUCUCACCGGCUCUAAAUCUUUGAUUUCUAGUGGAAGUAGAUUCAAACUGAGUUUUUUCAGCCCACCAAAUCGCAGCCUCUGGUAUGUCGGUAUCAUGUUCGAUAUCCCGUAG